CGGUCUGUUGUGUCAUCACGGAUCUCCAAUCGAUCAUCAGUUACCGGAUCAAUAGCAGUUUAUCGGAGCGGGAUGAAGCCUCUCUGCAGCGGAUCGAUGGUCUCUGUCCUCCUGCUCCUGUGCCUCCCAGGAUGUUUGGCUGCUCAUGGCCGAUAUGCUCAGAAGCUGCUCAAUGACUUGUUCACCAACUACACCAACGCUUUACGACCGGUGGAGGACACCGACCACAUCAUCAACGUCACGCUGCAGAUCACCCUGUCCCAGAUCAUCGACAUGGAUGAGAGGAACCAGAUCUUGACAACCUACUUGUGGGUCCGUCAGGUGUGGAUGGACUUCUACCUCAGCUGGAAGAAGGAGGACUAUGACGGCCUCGACACCAUCCGAAUACCGAGCAGCUACGUGUGGAGACCUGACAUCGUCCUGUAUAACAGUGCAGAUGAUGAAUUCUCCAGCUCCAUGGAGACAAACGUCGUCAUCCGAAAUGAUGGCCAGGUCAUGUGGGACCAGCCGGCCAUCACCAAGAGCUCGUGCUCUGUGGAUGUGGCCUUCUUCCCUUUUGAUGUGCAGCAGUGUCACCUCACCUUCGGCUCAUGGACUCAUAACGGCAACCAGAUGGACCUGAUCAAUGCUUUGGACAGCGCCGACCUCGCAGACUUCGUCCCCAAUGUGGAGUGGGAGGUUCUGGGAAUGCCAGCCAAGAAGAACGUCAUCCUGUACGGCUGCUGUUCAGACCCGUACCCAGACAUCACCUUCACCCUCCACCUGAAGAGGCGGGCUUCCUUCUACAUCUUCAACCUCCUCAUCCCCUGCAUGAUGAUCUCCUUCUUGGCUCCGCUGGGUUUCUACCUGCCGGCCGACUCCGGUGAGAAGGUUUCCUUGGGUGUUACGGUGCUGCUGGCCCUCACUGUGUUCCAGCUGCUGGUGGCGGAGAGUAUGCCCCCCUCUGAAAGUGUCCCACUGAUAGGAAAGUACUACAUUGCUACUAUGACGAUGGUUACUGCAUCCACUGCUCUGACCAUCUUCAUCAUGAACAUUCAUCAUUGUGGUCCAGAGGCCCGUCCGGUGCCAGGAUGGGUUCAGCGACUCAUCCUCAACCACCUCGCCCGAAUCUGCUUUGUCUAUGAGGUGGGUGAUAACUGUCUUGGUGGGUCUUCGUCCAGGAAGCAGCCUCUGUCGCAGCAGGAGUCUGAAUCUCCAUCAGCCAACGGCAGCAAAUCCAAAGAGACAAACUGGGAUGUGAACGGACAAGCGUGGGGUGGGAAGGUGGGUGACGAUGGAGUGGACGGUUCAAAAAAAGAGACGGACUGGAAAGAAGAUCUGUUUGUGACCAUCGAUCACUCGCAGGAGGAAGGAGCUGCUGGUGGAUGUGAAGAAGUUGAGUCUAACAGCACCUGUGGAGGAGGAGGAGAAUAUGUGGAGGAAAAGAAAGGCAUUGGAGGUGAAGGAGGAGGUGGAGCUGGGAGGAACCAGAGGGAGAUCUUGGUGAGAACCCAGUGUGUUUGCCAACACCAGGGACUACGCAGAAACGUUGAGUACAUUGCCAACUCAUACCAGGACCAGCGAGCCACACAGCUGCGCAUCGGGGAGUGGAGGAAGGUUGCCAAAGUCAUGGAUCGCUUCUUCAUGUGGCUUUUCUUCAUCAUGGUGUUCUUCAUGAGCAUCCUUAUCUUGGGAAAAGCUGUCUGAUGCAGAUCAGGCCUCAAACAUCCAGAUGGUUAAGUCAGUUCACCCAUAGGCGCUAAAGAGGUGGAGCAAAGUCAAGGUUUUACUACCAUUCAUGUUUUGAAAAUAUAAUGAU